AUGUGCCAUGCAUGCGACAUCACAGGUGUUUAUUCUAGAUGCGCGUGUUUGUUCCUUCCUUCUAUUUAUAACAAUAAGCUCGCUGGUGACCAUAGAGCAAACGUCAAAUUUGGUUCAAGUCGUAUCUUUUGCUUCUUCGUGAACGGUCUUGACUGUGGAACAGGGGUAAUUAGUUCGAAAGCUACCGCCAGAUAUACUGCGACUGCACAUCCAGCAACCGAGUUCCGAGCUCAUCGUAUCCCGUUUCCUGAGGAAUCGCGCAAGAUGGUUGUAGACCUAGUCGCGUUUCAGUCGACUCUAGUGCCAUGGGUCGUUGUGGGUGCGAUUAUUGCCUUUAUUCUUGCUUUCGCCAUUGGGGCGAACGAUACCGCCAACUCGUUCGGUACCAGCGUUGGCAGCAAGGUGAUCACGCUUACCCAGGCUUACAUUCUUGCCAGUAUCUUCGAAACGCUCGGAGCUUGUCUGCUGGGUCAUAAGGUUACGGAUACGAUGCGCAAGGGAGUCCUUGAUCUCUCUGUAUAUAACAACAGCGAGCUCGAACUCAUGUAUGGACAGAUUUCCAUCCUGUCUGGUUGCGGUGCAUGGAUGUUGCUUGCGACAUUUUUCAAACUACCGGUCUCGACGACUCACUCCAUUGUCGGCGCUACCAUCGGUUUUUCCCUUAUGCUAAGGGGUACAACAGGGAUUCGUUGGCAUAAGAUCUCGCGCAUCUUCGCAUCAUGGAUUGUGUCUCCGCUUCUCUCCGGUAUAGUCUCUGUGGUAUUUUUCAUCAUUAUCGAUCAUUUUGUCCUCAGAAAAAGUCGUCCUCUAGCUAGUGGCCUUAGGAUAUUGCCGGUGCUGUACUUUGCUUGUAUGACUUUCAAUGUAUUUACUAUUAUAUAUGAAGGAUCCGAAUUUCUUUAUUUCGAUCGCCUUAAUUUGAAGCAGUGUAUAUUUAUAUCUAUCGCUGCUGGUGUAAUCAGCGCUAUUGCUGCUAAAUUUAUUCUUGCUCCCUGGCUGAAGCGAAGCAUUCUUGCUCGUACCGAUAUCGAGUCUAAUAAUUCCAGCGAAUUGAAUGCCAUGAAUGGUCAAAAAGCAGCAUUGUUGGACUUUGAGAAGGAUGAGAAGGCAGCUGGUUCUACUGGACACGGUGCUGGAAUUGGGAGUUCUUUGGGUAAAGAACAAUCUGCAAAUGAUGCGAUUGCGGAAUGGAGAGCGAAACAGGCAUUGGCCAUGAACACUGUCGCUCCGUCAUCGUCAGUUGCAUCGUUUUUCCGCUCUGGAAAACCAGAAGAUCCACAAGCUGCUCUUUUGUUUUCUCUUCUCCAAGUGAUGACUGCUUGUUUUGGAGGCUUUGCGCAUGGAGGUAACGAUGUCAGUAAUGCUAUCGCACCGCUGGCCUCCCUUUAUGUCAUCUACAUGGAAGGAUCUGCUUUUCAAACGCUCGAUACUCCUGUGUACAUCCUACUAUACGGAGCUCUUGGUAUGUGUAUUGGCUUGUGGGUGCUUGGACAUCGUGUUAUCUACACAGUGGGCGAGAAUCUUACUAAAAUCACACCUCCCAGCGGGUUUGCGAUCGAAUUUGGUGCAGCUGUAACAGUCCUCAUUGCUUCCAAAUUGGGUUUACCGAUUUCCUCAACUCAGUGCAAGGUUGGUUCCGUCGUUGCUGUUGGCCUUGUUCAAGCCGGUCAUACCGUUCAGUGGAGCACAUUCCGUAACAUAUGCUUGAGCUGGAUUGUUACGCUUCCUGUGGCAGGUGUUCUUUCCGCAUUCAUAAUAACGCUUUUCCGGUUCUUCGUAUUGUAACCCGAGUUCUGGAUAGCUCGCCAAUAGUUUUACGGCGCAUUUAUAAUAUUCUGCAUAUUACCUUGUGUCCCUACGAAUAAUAAUUCGCCUCCCUAUGAUAUUUGUUCCCACGUCGUAUUGUAGCUUAUAUGAGGUCCCCAUGAGCUUUAUCAUAACGAUCGUCUACGUUUUGACCGUUCGAACGCUUGUGCGGUUUCGUCAAUCACCAGUGCUCCGCUUUUUGCCUUAGGUCUGUUAGGGACAAUUUUCAAAUUAGAAAAAAAAACCAAUAAAAUAGUAGUGCUAAAAUAAGAGACAUCGAUCCUCGUGCGGGUUCGCAUGUUCUUUUACCCAUAUCGUUGCGGUACAGACCGCUAAUUUUUCUCGAGUAAUAUAUAAUUUUUGUUGUUUUCCUCAUUAACAGGUUUCAAAUUGAUACGGUACAGGUCAAAACGUUGUUAAUGUAGAUCGUUAUCUGUUUGUAUGCAUUUCCCUUUGUUGUAGUCAUCCGCUGUUUAUCAGUGAACACGACACUUUCAUUAAUGUUAUGGUGUAGAUGAAGAU